AUGCAAACAGAGAACAUGUCAGAUACAGAAGUAUCCUUUCAACCAGAGACGCCUACAGUUGAUAUUUAUGGGAACUCUAAACUUGUCAUUGUGGCACGUUCUGCAGUUCGUUUCUUAUUAUCGCAAGCAGAAUCAUCUAACAACGUCAUUACAAAAACUAGAUUACAAAAUGUGAUCAAAGAAGUGUCACGUAAAGAGAAUUGUCCUAGAUACACUUUCAAACAAGUAUAUGAAGUCAUUAAUUUUAUUUUAAUGGAUAUCUUCGGGUACACAUUACACGCAUUGCCACCAAAGCCAAAUUUUCAAAAAAAUAAUAAAUCAAAUGGAUCCACUGAGGACAAAACAGGAUAUAAAGCAGACCAUUUUAUUUUAUUGAAUAAAUUACCUCAUGCACCCACUUUUAAUGAAUUUAAAUUGUUACAAAACAUUCGUAUUUAUGAUGAAACUAUUAUCGAUGAAGAAUAUAUGGGGAAUGAUAUGUCAUUACCAAGUAAUAAUACAUUAGAGAAUAAAUUGAGCGUUAAUCAAGAUACGGUAAUGCAUGGAUUAAUAGGUGUUACAUUGACCAUUAUCCUUUUUUCAAAGAAUAAUAUUUUACAUCAAGAAUUAAUGAAUAGAUUGAAUACUUUUGGAGUUCCAACUGAUGGCACCAGGAUCCCUAUAUUAAAUUGGACCAUAGAUGAAUUUUUGAAGAUGCUAGAAAAAAGAGAGUAUAUAGUAAAGUUAGAAGAAAAAUCAGAUCUCGAAGAAGAGAGUAUACUUUAUCGUAUCGGCAGAAGAACACAAGCAGAAUUCACGUUGGAAAAUUUAACGGCAAUGGUCAGGGAAAUUACUGGUUUAGAUUCUCAACAAGCACCCUCAUUAAUGGAUGAUAUUAAAUUAACUAUAGGGGACGCGUAUGAUUUUAGAAUCCAAUAA